AUGUCCUUCGCCGUCGCAUCCACCGCGAGCCUCCGCGCGCCCGUCGCAUUCCGCGGCAAGGCCGCCGCGCGCCGCCCCGCCCGCGUCGCGGCAUCCGCGCAUACGCACCAACACCCGCGGCCGUCCGUCGCCGAGACCGCAUCGCCGGGGCGCUCCGCCGUCGUCGACCGCAUCGCCUCCGGCGCGAUCGCCCUCGCCACCGCCCUCACCCUCGCGACUUCGCCCGCCAACGCAAUCUCCCUCCCGGAAGAGGAGGCCACCAAGCUCAUCUGCGACGCCGAGUGCGAGGCCACGAUCAACGACAAGGAGCUCUUCACCACGCCCACGGGGUUGCAGUACCGCGACAUCGUCGUCGGCGACGGCGUGCAACCGGAGGUUGGUUUCCAGGUGGUGGUGGACUACAUCGCCAAAAACGAGCAAGGCCAAAUCUUCGACAACUCGCUGGAGAAGGGUAAACCCAACGACGUUCGAAUCACCGGCUUGGGCCAGGGCGAGACCAACGUCAUCCCGGGCCUGGACGAGGGCAUACUCACGAUGCGAUCGGGCGGCGUGAGGCGCCUGUACAUUCCGGGUGAUUUGGCGUUUCCCAAAGGGUUGGCGUCGGCGCCGGGACGGCCGAGGAUCUCGCCAUUCUCGCCAGUCGUCUUUGACGUCAAGCUCCUCUACAUCCCGGGACUGGAGUGAUUUAGCAGGGAGCGAGGGACGACUGCCGUCGGAAUACAACUUAUCAGAACAUGUCAAAAUAUAUAGGCGGGGGGACGUGCGACGUGCGUAGCGUUUGGAUGCGAUGAAUACACGAUGCGAACCCUUUUCG